UCGCUCUUAUUCACGGCUGGUCAUCAACUUGGUUGGGACUGUCUGUUGUUUUCCGGACUACCGGCCAGCAUGUCGUAGUGUGCGAACGCUGAGCAAUUGAUCGGCUAACUUCUCUAACUAACCUGCUUUGCUUCGGUCUCCGACAAUGCUUGACUUCAUGGAUUACAUCCAACUCGCGUUCGCCGAGGCGACGAACUGGAACCGCGACAAUUCAUAUUCGUCACUCACGGCUACUGCGCAGUCCGUGCUUGAUUUCUCCACGCCAGAGCGUCUCCGCGUCCACCUCUCAUCCCUCUCUACUCCGCACUUCGCGACGAGCUACACCCUCGGCACCGUCGGCCUGAUCGAUGGCUCCGUAUCCUAUCUCUUCAGCACGGUGCCCUUGGACCACACCCCGAGCCGCAGCGCCUUGAUUCCUAUCCGCAAGCUCUCCCCCGGAUACCGUCAAGUGCAGGCCCCCGUCGCUCCGAUCGAGAACUUCCGCGUCGACUCCAUUCUCGACGACCUCAACCACGCCCCAAACCAUGGCCGUCGCUCCCAGAAAGCUACCCUAUUCCAUGCAACCCUUCAUCUACCCCCGCCGACCACCCUGAACGCCCUCUUCCUCCGCCGCAUCUCUCCCACCAUGCAGCUCUCCCUCGCCGUGUGCUCGACGCGAGGCCCUCCGCUAUCGAAAUCCGCGCCGCAAGCCUCCCUCCUCACGCAACUCUCCCACAAUACCGGCAAGUACAGCAACGAGUACCUAUUCAGCACGGAUAAUGCGCUGUUCGGCUGGCGCGGUCUAUGGAACUUCGGCCCCGACCCACGCAACCCAGCCAACACUCGUCCCGCGCACCCCUUGUCGCUCCUCUCCGCCGGCGCCGAAGCAUACUACUCGCCCGUCUCCUCGCUAAUCGGAAUGUCCACCGGGCUGCGGUUCAGCACCCUCCCCGCCGCGACGGACGUACCCUCAUCCACAUCUACAUCCACAGCGCCGCCUUCCAGCAGCAGCAGCAGCAGCAGCAGCAAUGCAGGCAACAACCCGAUCUCGACCUUCCCGUACACGCUCACCCUCACCCUCACACCACUAACCGGCUCCCUCUCAACAACAUACUCACUGCGCGCCUCACCAAACCUAGCCUUCAGCUCGCGCUUCGGCUUCAACGUCUACAGCUGGGAAAGCGAAAUGGUAGCAGGGAUGGAGCUAUGGCGCAAGAGCCGUCGGGCGUCUCCGACUCCCAAUGGCGCCCUGGAAGCUGACGACGGACUGGAGUGGGCAAGACGCAAGAUGCGCGGGGAGACGGGCCCCGUCCCGCCGCUUUCAAGCUUCAGCGUCAAGGCCGCUGCGGAUCCGAUACCGUCGACGAAGGUCGCGGGACUUGCCACCUCGGCUGUUACGCAAGCUGAGGAAAAUGAAUCCGUGCUCAAGAUCCGGGUGGGUCAGUCGUGGAAUGUACGGUUGCUGUGGGAGGGCCGCGUCAAGGAGUUGUUGGUUAGCGCUGGCGUCGGGCUGGGCCCUAGCUCGUUUGCCUCGUCGCUGCCUUGCGGUGGUGGUGGUGGGGCUGGGGCUGGGGCGGGGAAGUCGUACUGGCAUGGGGUUGGGGUGUCGGUGUUGUAUUCUUCGUGA